UGUCCUCGUACAUUGCCUGCCCGUCGCAUUAUCAAAGCUCACAACUUUAUAUUGAGUCCUCAAUUGUUUCCCAAAUCCAACUUUGAACCCAUCAAUCAACAAUUAUUGAAUAAUGAGAACUCGAAGUGCCGAAAAGAGGUCUGCCGGGAAAAAUCAAAUCCCUGCCGAGCCGGUGGUUGCCGAGCCUAAGCGUACUCCUCCCUCUAGGGCUAAGAAAUCUAAGACCCUCGGAUCCAAAACAUCACCCGCAGUUGAAGAAGCAAAAGCUUCAGAUGCAGAUGGGGCUGCUCAGUCAACACCAGUAGCAAAACCCGCGUCAGGUAGGAAAACUACUGGAAGGGUUGCGAGGAAGGUGGUAAAGAAAAGUCCUGCUUCUUCUAAAACUACUUCGGAUGAAACACCUAUAUCAGAAGGUGCUGGAACGGCAAUGCUUGAAGAUCCUGUCGAAGAGAAGGAUGCAGAAGAUUCAAAGGAAGAUCAUGUCAAAGAGAUAGAUGCAGCAGAAUCAACGGAAUGUGUCAAGGAGGGAGAGACAGAGGACUCGAAGGAAGAUCAUGUGAAGGAGAGAGAUGUACAGGAAUCAAAGGAAUCUACCAAGGAGGAAGAGACAGAGGACUCAAAGGAAGUUGACGUGAAGGAGGGAAAUGCAGAGGACUCAAAGGAAGAUCCUCUCAAGGAGAAAGAUUUACAGGGCCUAAAGGAAGAUGCAGUGAAGGAGAAAGAUACGGAGGACUUAAAGGAAGAUAUUCUCAUGGGGGAAGAUGUAGAGGACUCAAAGGAAGUUCGCGUCAAGGAGAAAGAUGCAGAGGAGGCAAAGGAAGAUGUUGUCAUUGGGGAAGAUGCAGAGGACUCAAAGGAAGUUCCUGUCAGGGAGGAAGAUGCAAAGGAUCCAAAGGAAGAUCCUGUCGACAAGAAAGAUCUACAGGACCCAGAGGAAGAUUCUGCUAAGGAUAAAGAUGCAGAGGACUUAAAGGAAGAUAUUGUCAAGGAGGAAGAUGCAGAGGACUCAAAAGAAGAUGCCAUAAAGGAGAAAGAUGCAGAGGAGUCGAAGGAAUAUGUUAUCAUGGGGGAAGAUGCAGAGGACUCAAAGGAAUAUCGUGUGGAGGAGGAAGAUGCAGAGGGUUCAAAGGAAGAUGCCGUGAAGGAGAAAGAUGUAGAGGACUCAAAGGAAAGUCCUUUAAUGGAGGAAUAUGCAGAGGACUCAAAGGAAGAUCCUAUCAAGGAGGAAGAUGAAGAAAACUCAAAGGAAAAUCCUGUCAUGGGGGAAGACACAGAGUAUUCAAAGGAAGCUCCUGUUAAGGAGAAAGAUGCAGAGGACUUAAAUGAUGCAGGACCAACACCCAUGGAUGAGACAAAUGAGGAAAUCAAAGAAAGUUCAAACAAUUUAGUGGCCACAGCUAAAAAUGUUGGUGAUUCCGUGAUGGAAGAUCAAAGUAGAAACAAGGAGGAUCAGGCAGUUAAUUCACAGGAGGAACCAGCUAAAAAUACUUCAGUGUCUCUAGAUGAAGUAACUGUUGUCAAUGAUGUGAGAUUGCCAGAAGAAAUUGACCACGAUGUGAGAAGUUCAGAAAAUCAGGGACCUACUGUUGCAUAUGUCAAAUCUCAGGAGCCUAUUAUUGAGGAUAUGAAAUCUUCAGACAAGCAGGAACUUGUUAUUACAGAACAGAAAUCUCAGGAGGGUGAAGGAUCUAUUAAAGGAAAAGAAGGAUUGGAGUUGAGGGGAGAAAAGGACGAUGGUUUAACUCCUACAGGGGAUAAUUUAAAGGCGGAGUCUGCAGAAGAUAGAAUGGAGGAAGAUACAGAUAGGAAGAUGAAAGGAAAGGAUAUUUCUCUUGACGAAGCUGGUGAAGAUAAAAUAGAGGCUUUUGCUGAUCAAGAGAAUGAUGAAGAAUUUGGGGUAGAUGAUGUAUCUGAGCACUGUGAAGAAGCUGAGACAUUGGAAGAUGAGCGUGCUCAAUUGAAUGCUCUUGCAAAGGAACGAAAAAAGAGGAAAGAGCUGGAAGUAUUUGUUGGUGGGUUAGACCGUGAUGCUGUGGAGGAGGAUCUGAAAAGGGUGUUCCAGCAUGUUGGGGAGGUAAUUGAUGUUCGAAUGCACAGAGAGUUGUCAACAAACAAGAAUAAAGGAUAUGCCUUCGUGAAGUUUGCAACUAAGGAGCAAGUUAGCCGUGCUUUGGCUGAAAUGAGAAAUCCAGUUAUACGGGGAAAGCGAUGCGGGACUGCUCCAAGUGAGGACAAUGACACCUUAUUCUUAGGAAACAUUUGCAACACAUGGACAAAGGAAGCUGUGAGACAGAAGCUGAAAGAUUAUGGUGUAGAAGGUGUUGAAAACGUUAAUCUGGUGGCCGAUCCGAAACGUGAAGGUUUGAGUCGUGGCUUCGCGUUUCUCGAGUUCUCUUGUCACAACGAUGCCAUGACGGCUUACAAAAGACUUCAAAGGCCUGAUGUUGUUUUUGGUCACUCUGAGAGGACUGCCAAAAUAGCUUUUGCUGAACCUUUACGUGAUCCAGAUCCAGAGGUAAUGGCUGAAGUGAAGUCAGUAUUUAUUGAUGGACUCCCUCCUUAUUGGGAUGAAGAUCGCGUCCUUGAGAAGUUUAAAUGUUUUGGGGAGAUUGCAAGAAUCACGCUAGCCAGGAAUAUGUCAAGGGCAAAGCGGAAGGAUUUUGGAUUUGUUGAUUUCGGCACACAUGAAGCUGCUGUUGCUUGCAUUGAGGGCGUUAAUAACACAGAGCUGGGUGAUGGGAAUUUGAAGGCAAAAGUGCGAGCCAGACUUUCAAAUCCUCAACCAAAAACUCAGGCCGUGAAAGGUGGAAUAUCUGGAGGGUUCCGAAUUAGCCAGGGUCCCCUGGGAAGGGGCUCCCCGCGGGGAGGACAUACUUUUGGUAGAGCUAGUAUUCCGCGUGGUAGGGGCUUUAACCCUCGUGGACCUGGUCAUGGCGGUAGAAUGGGCUUUGCUGAACACGAGUUUGGUAGCCCUUAUCCUCCUUUCCGUGGAAGGUCAAACUUUGGACGAGCAGGCGGGAGGUGGAAUUUCAGUUGUGCUUAUCCAGUACCUGGUGGUCCAAUGUAUGUUGAUAGAAUGAGGCAUGGAGAUAGAGGCAAUGCAAAUGAUGCCUUCUUUAGGAGACAACAAUUUCCUAUUGAAGGACCGAACAGGCCAUUCAUGGAUAGGCACUUCGAGGACCGUUACUACCAUGAUAACACUGGCCAUGGGUUAAAGAGGCCCUUCUCUAUGACAGACCCGAAUCCGGAUUACUCGGGGCCUAGCAGACGUCCUCGGUUUGAUCAUUCAGAUUCUGCAAGUUCUCUUCAUGGGGAUCGUUAUAGUAGAGAUAAUUUUCCUCCCGGUGGAGAUCACUACACACGUGAUUAUUAUGGCUCUGAUUAUGGCAGAGGCCCAUAUCCAUCUUUCUAUGGAGGUGGUCGUCCACAUGGGCGUGGUUAUGGACGUGGUUAUUAGUAGUCUUGAUGAGCAUCUGGUGUCUUCAGAUGGUAGAAUGUUCUUCUUGACAAUGGAAUGGGAUUUUUCUGGUGCUGCACAAAAAGGAAAGAGAAUCAGUCUUUUAACUUAUUCCCCUAUCAUCUAAUGUUUAUCUCUGUUCUUUUUCCCCCCGCUGUAAUUCUCGCUUUCGGCUGUCCAAAGUUCAAUCUUUCUUAGGUUAGACUCUGCCUGUUUUUUGGGGCAUCAAUCCGGACACGUUACUAUGUCUGUUAGAGGGAGCUUGACUAGUUACGAGCUUCUUCUGCUCUAGAUAGAAGCAGCAUUAUGGGGAAGUGGAUAUAACUAUUAAGAUAAGUCAACUUUCCUACAAGCGUUUGUUUUUGUGAGAAUAGUUACAUGUGUUGAGACCUUCGUUGUGACAGAUUCAUAUAUGGGUGUUACUUAGUGGUCAACAUUCACAUACAUAGAGAGGCAAAUUUGCAGAGUCUUUUAAAAUAAUGAUAUUGGGGAUAUUACCUUGAUGGCAUUUGUGGGAUUUUGUAUGUAGGUUCAAAAAUUCAGCACUACUGUUAAGGAAAAGAUUCUCUUAAGCUAGACUCUUGUAAAAUUCGUCAAUGGAGCAGUGAUAGUCAUCGAGAUAUUUCAGUCUUUCAAGAGAAGAAGAGUAGCAUUUGGUUUCAAUUAUGAACAGUAUUUGCAAAUUGCUAUGAUGUAUUAUCUUGAAGAGAUUUGCCUCAUCAUUGUGAUGCAUUAUGAGUGACUUUGUCUACUAUAUUGUCUUGUGGGAUCGCCUUUGGCUCAAUGUAUUCUCAUGGUUGCUCUGUAAUGGAAAUAUGAUGUGGUUAUAGGCCAUUUUACAGUACUGAUGAAUCUGGUGUAUCUAGAGAGCCACCUAAGCUUUUAUAUCAUAUCAUCAGGUUUCUCCAAGUUUGAAUAAAGUGUUAAGAGUUUUACUUUGAAGCGUCAAAGAAUAGAGCGCUUGGUUGGCUUAGUAGAAAUUCUUUUUUCCUUUUUCUGAUGGUGAAAAAAAGGUGUAUUACCAUCAAUAUUAGGCCCUGAUGGUUGGUCCUAUAGAAUUCUGUUGUACUAAAUGGAUGAAUGUCCCUGUUCAAGCUUGAAGAUGGAAACUCAUAGCUCCCAAUAUAGAGAAUUUUGAGGUUUGGCUUUUUCUUUUCAAUUGUUGACAACAAUUUAUGUAGCCUUGGGGGCCGUUUCGUUUGGUUUCUAGGAGAUAUAAUUUCCACAUAGAAAUCAACCAAGUUUAUAUAAUGUUUAUUUGGAAAUCCAGGAGAUUUAAUCUCCACAUAGAGAUCAACACUAAUUAAUACGAUGAUUGGUUGAUCCUUUUUGUUUUACUCAUAAACAAUACCUGCAUAAGUUAUGUGAGAAUCUAGGUAUUAUUUUAUGCUAGAUAGAAUGUGGAAUAAGAAUGCAUGUAUUAGUAAUGCUAAAAUGACCAAACACCUCAUAAUAGUAAAAAUCUUUUAUUUUGUCUAAAAACCAAACAAAUAUUUUAAGUUAGACAUUGUAUACUAAUAUGUAAUAUAUCAAGCUAAACAUUCAACAAGAGAUAAAUCUUGCAAUUAUACAAUCUAUGCAUUAAAAUCAUCUGACAUUACUAAUCCCCGCGUUAUGAUCACAUUAUUGAUCUUUGUUUUAAUAAUCCUUGCAUGGUAACAACCCCUUAGUGUACUUGCUAGAUAUGCCCCAGCUUGGAAGCCUAUUAUUUUUUCUGUAUGAUCCAUAAUCACACAUAGUAUUUUCCUUGUUAAUCAAUUGCGUGUUUGUUUAGCUGACAAAUAAUGAGAAAUGGGUUUGGGUCGGUGGUAACACUUUGAUAUAUGGAAAUCCACCUUUCUUUGGGUUAAUACAUACGGACCCCUUCAAACUUAUCCUACUUUUUCCAAUUACACAGUUUAAGUUUGCGAAGUUCCUAGUACCCUACUGAACUAGUUCGAAGUGGUUUUAAUACCACCUUUUGCGACCAACUGCAGUUUUAACAAAGGCAGUGUUUGUCACAUACCAAUCAUGUUUUGCCACAUAAUUUUUCUUUUCUGUCCUAGUACUGUUCUUAUUAUUCUUUUCAAUUUUUAUUCCACCAUCUUCGCCGCAUCUUCUCCUCAAACCAAACCACAACUUCACAAUAUCUGAAAAUACAAACUACCACUAAAUCACCCUCAUCUUCUUCUCAAAUCAGCCACCACCAAACCCCCACUAUAAAAACAACUAUAAUUGGGCCACCAAAUAACCUUUGCACAAAAUCUGAAAAUCAAAAUCGUCGGAGAGUGGUCCUUGCCAAAGAAACUGAACCGUCAAAAGGGAAGAAAGAGAACAAGAAAAGAAAAUGAGAGGAAAAAAGGAGGUGGUGGAAGUGGCGGAGGAGGUCGUUUUGAUUUAGCAAAACACGAAGAAAGAGAAAUAAUAAUAAAAAAAAAAGAGUAAGGAAGAAAAGGGAGGAGUGGUGGAGGAUGUGGUAGGGAGAAGAUGAAAAGUGAAGAAAUAGUAACAAAGAAAAGAAAAAGAACGAAAAGUAAAAGAAGGAAAGGAAAAAGAGCUAAAAAGAUUAAUGAAAGAAAUGGUA